UUCUUGGCAGAGUCCGAAUCCGUUGACUGUUCCGUGUCUCGGCAGAGCGGAAGAAGCGGAGCGUUUCUUACCGGGAGUCCGUCCACGCUGUCGGGUGACGGAGGGAGGGGGGGCGACAGAAACCGAAGCGACCCCCGGAACACAUACCUGUCUGUCUGUCUGUUUGUGUGUCUGUCUGAACGUGGCAUGUGAUAACCGAGCGCGAGGGGAAGAAAGUAAAGCUGCUUGUCAAGAAAGGGCUCGACCUGUACAGGGGCUAAGAGGCACUCCGGUAGCUCCCGUUCUCCCGCCGUGACGGAGAUGGAGCGGCUGUGCGGACCAGACCUUCCCUUCUGGGAAGCCAAUCUGACGUUGCACACAGAUCGGCCUGACCUUCCACAGUGCUUUCAGCUCUCGGUCCUGUCAUGGCUGCCCUGUAUUUACCUGUGGGCUGUGAGCCCCCUCUACAUUUUCUAUCUGAAGAGGAACAACAAAGGUUACAUCAUGAUGUCCAUUAUGAAUAGGUUCAAAACGCUGUUUGGCUUGUUGUUAUGGAUCGUGUGUUGGACAGAUCUCUUCUAUACAUUUUAUGAGCUGGGGAAGGAAAACACCCAGCCACCCAUCUACUUUGUAACUCCGCUGGUGCUCGGCAUGACCAUGCUGUUGGCCACGUUUCUGAUCCAGUUUGAGAGGUUACGUGGGGUUCAGUCCUCAGGGGUCCUGUUUAUCUUCUGGUUCUUGUCUGUACUGUGUGCCAUUGUGCCUUUCCGCUCCAAGAUCCUACAGGCCUCAACCCAGGGUGAAGGAAAAAGUGACAAGCUGCGAUUCGCCACAUUCUACUUGUACUUCAGCCUGGUGGUCUGCGAGCUCAUCCUCUGCUGCUUCAAUGAGAAGCCUCCCCUCUUCUCCAGUGUGGUUACAGAUCCUAAUCCUUGCCCUGAAAGCACAGCAGGUUUUCUUUCCACCAUAACAUUUUGGUGGUUCACCAGUAUGGCCAUUAAAGGCUACAAAAUGCCCCUGGAAGCCAAAGACCUGUGGUCUCUGAACCAGCGUGACAGCUCCAAAGUGAUGGUGCCGAGACUCCUCAAAGAAUGGGAUAAGGAACAAGCCAAAGUAAAAAGUGAACAGAACGUGUCCAGUCAGGCCAUGUAUUCUAAACCACCACCAUCAACCACCAAUCACAUAGGAGGAGGAGCAGCAGGUGAGAGCAGCCCAGAGGAAGUGGAGGUCCUGUUAUCCAAUCAGAAAGCUUCACCCCGCCAGCCGUCAUUCCUACGCGCCCUCAUCAAAGCCUUCGGCCCAUACUUUCUGAUUGGCUCAGCCUACAAGCUUCUGCAAGAUGUCAUCACCUUUGUCAAUCCUCAGCUACUCAGGAUGUUGAUCUCAUUCACCAAGGAACAGAACGCUCCUGCCUGGUGGGGUUACGCACUGGCCUUCCUCAUGUUCUUUACGGCCUUUCUGCAGACUCUCAUCCUCCACCAGCAUUUUCAGUACUGUUUUGUCACCGGCAUGAAUGUGCGUACAGCCGUCAUAGGAGCUAUCUACAGGAAGGCGCUGGUGAUCACUAAUGCUGCCAAGCGUGCAUCUACCGUAGGAGAGGUGGUGAACCUGAUGUCUGUAGAUGCUCAGAGGUUCAUGGACCUCACCACCUUCCUCAACAUGCUCUGGUCAGCUCCUCUGCAGAUCAUGCUGGCUCUAUAUUUCCUGUGGCAGAACCUUGGUCCAUCUGUGCUGGCUGGGGUGGCUGUCAUGAUCUUACUAAUCCCUUUUAAUGCUGUCAUCGCCAUGAAAACUCGAGCCUACCAGGUGGAACAGAUGCAGUAUAAAGACGCUCGUAUCAAACUUAUGAACGAGAUCCUGAAUGGCAUUAAAGUGCUGAAGCUGUAUGCCUGGGAGAACUCCUUUAAAGAAAAGGUCCUGGCCAUCCGGCAACAGGAGCUCAAUGUGCUACGAAAGACGGCCUAUCUGGGAGCGCUGUCCACCAUGGCCUGGACCAGUGCCCCUUUCCUGGUUGCCUUGACGACAUUUGCCGUAUAUGUGACUGUGGACAAGAACAACAUCCUGGAUGCAGAGAAGGCCUUUGUGUCUCUCUCACUCUUUAAUAUCCUCAGGUUUCCUCUCAACAUGCUUCCUCAAGUCAUCAGCAGUAUAGUCCAGGCGAGCGUCUCACUGAAGCGAAUCCAAGGUUUUCUGAGUCAUGAUGAGCUGGAUCCAAAUUCAGUGGACAGAAAGAACACAGCAACAGAGUUUUCAGUUACAGUCGUCAAUGGGAAAUUCACUUGGGCUAAAGAAGAUCCACCUGUUUUGCACAAUAUCAACGUAAUGGUGCCUCAGGGCUCCCUCCUGGCUGUAGUGGGUCAUGUUGGGUGUGGGAAAUCCUCACUGAUCUCUGCACUGCUGGGUGAAAUGGAGAAACUAGAGGGGGAGGUUUCCAUUCGGGGCUCAGUGGCCUAUGUACCUCAGCAGGCCUGGAUACAAAAUGCCACCCUGCGGGACAACAUCCUGUUUGGGAAACCCUUCAAUGAGCAGAAGUACCGCUGUGUUCUGGAGGCCUGUGCUUUGACCCCUGACCUUGAAGUGCUGCCUGGAGGUGACAUGACUGAGAUAGGAGAGAAGGGCAUCAACCUCUCAGGAGGCCAGAGACAGAGGGUGAGUCUGGCCAGAGCUCUGUACAGUGACGCUGAAGUCUACCUGCUGGACGACCCGCUAUCUGCUGUGGACGCUCAUGUAUCCAAACACAUCUUUGACAACCUCAUCGGCCCAGAGGGAGCGCUUAAGGGCAAAACACGUAUUCUGGUGACACAUGGUAUCAGCUUCCUGCCUCAGGUUGAUAACAUAAUGGUGCUAGUGGAGGGUAGAGUGUCAGAGAUGGGAUCCUACCAGGAACUGCUCAAACAGAAUGGGGCCUUUGCUGAGUUUCUCCGAAAUUACUCCUUGGAAGAUAUCAUAGAGGAGGAUGAGGCGACUGAUGAUUUAAUAGAGGAAGAGGAAUUGUUCCCAGACGACGCCCUUAGUAACCACACAGACAUGGUAGACAAUGAACCGAUGAUCAAUGAAGCCAAGAGAAAUUUUAUCAGGCAGAUCAGCAUCAUUUCUGCAGAUGGAGAGAACCCAAGGACCCGCUCAGUGAGGAGGCAUGGCUGCUCCCAGAGGAAACACUCCGAGCCACAAGAGAAGAAGAAGCCACAAGAAGUAGAGAAACUCAUCCAGGCAGAAACUGCAGAAACGGGCAAGGUGAAAACGAAGGUGUACCUGGAAUAUGCCAAGGCAGUGGGGCCACUGUUGUCAGUACUCAUCUGCUUCCUGUAUGGAUGUCAGAGUGCUGCCGCCAUCGGAACAAACGUCUGGCUGAGCCAAUGGACUAAUGACGCCGCGACAAAUCAGACUCAAGAGAGGAUUAAUUUGAGGGUGGGGGUGUACGCAGCACUGGGCAUUGCACAAGGUGUGCUGUUGUUGGCUAACUGCCUGCUGUGCCGGGCCUACAGUAUGCUGCGUGCAGCCAAAAUCACACACAACAACAUGCUGCAUGGGGUCCUGCGGGCCCCACAGUCCUUCUUCGAGAGUACCCCCACUGGGCGGUUACUAAACCGCUUCAGCAAAGACGUGGAUGCUAUUGACUCCCACAUUCCAGACAAUAUUGACAUAUGGAUGCGCACUUUCUGGUACACACUGAAUGUGCUGCUCAUAUGCUCUGCCCUCACCCCAAUGUUCCUCAUAGUCGUAGCCCCAUUAAUGGUGUUCUAUUGGUGGGUUCAGAGAUUUUAUGUUGCCACGUCUCGGCAGCUAAAGCGUCUGGAGUCAGUCAGCCGCUCUCCCAUAUACUCCCAUUUCUCUGAGACCAUCACAGGCUCUAGUGUAAUCAGAGCCUAUAGCAGACACUCUGCCUUUGUUCUGAUGAGUGAUAUGAAAGUGGAUGAGAACCAAAAGAGUUACUACCCUGGUAUAGUGUCCAACAGGUGGCUCGGGGUGCGUAUUGAGUUCAUUGGGAACUGCAUAGUGUUGUUUGCUGCUCUGUUCGCUGUGACAGGAAAAGACAACCUCGACCCAGGCCUCGUCGGUUUGUCAGUGUCUUACGCUUUACAGGUGACCAUGUCUCUGAACUGGAUGGUCCGCAUGACCUCCGAUCUGGAGAAUAACAUCGUAGCUGUGGAGAGAGUGAAGGAAUACUCCGAGACCAAGACAGAGGCCCCGUGGGACAUCGAGGACAAGAAGCCUCAUCCUGAUUGGCCCACGAUGGGGAAUGUGGAGUUCCACGACUAUAGCGUUCGAUACCGAGAGGGACUGGAUCUGGUCCUGAAGAACAUUAACCUGAGCGUCAAAGGAGGAGAGAAGAUCGGGAUUGUGGGUCGUACAGGUGCUGGAAAGUCCUCCAUGACCCUGUGUCUCUUCAGACUGUUGGAAGCUGCAGGAGGAGAGAUCACCAUCGACGACGUGAAGAUCUCAGAGAUAGGUCUGCAUGACCUCAGGUCCAAACUCACCAUCAUUCCACAGGAGCCCGUGCUCUUCUCUGGGACUCUGAGAAUGAACCUGGACCCCUUUGACAAAUACAGUGAUGAAGACGUGUGGAAAGCUGUGGAACAUUCUCACCUCCACAAGUUUGUGAGCAACCAGCCGGCACAACUGCAGCUGGAGUGUUCAGAGGGAGGAGAGAACCUGAGCGUUGGUCAGAGGCAGCUGGUGUGUUUGGCACGAGCUCUCCUGAGGAAGACCAGGAUCCUGGUCCUGGACGAAGCUACAGCAGCAAUAGACCUGGAGACAGAUGAUCUCAUCCAGUCCACCAUAAGGACUCAGUUUGAAGACUGCACUGUGUUUACCAUCGCACACAGACUCAACACAAUUAUGGAUUACACAAGAGUGCUGGUGUUGGACAAGGGACAGAUCGCAGAGUUCGACACUCCGACAAACCUAAUAUCGCAGAAAGGAAUCUUCUACGGCAUGGCUAAAGACGCAGGGCUGGCACAGUAGAGCUGCCUUCUCGUCCCAUCGAACAUGGCUGGGAUGGGCUUGGUUCACUUCAGUCUAACUCUGACUUUCACAUCUGGCAGUGGAGCUGGUGUACCUUUCAUGUGCACUUGUUAUUUCAGGGCAUGUCCUGCUCUGUCUGAAUUCAGCUCGAGGCCAAGCCAGAACUCCUUCGCAGACUCGGUUCAAUUAGCAAUUGCAAAUGAUUCCAAUGUUUAUUUGAGGUCACAUCAGGACACGUACGCACUUCUCUGAUUGUCUUAAGUCUCUGGCACUGAUUGUAUUGUCCUAUGUAAUGAACACUAUCCAUUUGGCAUCUAAACAGGAGAAAACAAGCCAUAUUUGCAAUUUACUAAUUGAGCAAAGUCUGCUCUUUAGUGCCUUCUGCCAGUGGGAUGAAGAAUGCCAGUGAAUGUAACAUUUUCUCAUCAGCUGUCUGCUGCAAAACAACAACAAAAAAAAGCAACUUUUUUUAUUUUAUUUUUUUCUACGAAGAAAAAUACUGUGCCACUGUACUUUCCUCAUAAGACAUAAACAUACACUUUUGUGAUAAACCCACUUAUUUUUGUACUGUAUCAUUAUUUAAGCUACUUUUUAAAGAAAUGUCUCAUCUAGGGAAGUUUGCUCAGUUACAUUUGUGAUUCUUUUGUGAACCAAAUCUAUAAAAACUUGAAUUAUGUACUACCAAAAUAUGAAACAUGCUAAUGCCUUUAAUAAAAAAAGGAAGAAA